AGUAACUCUCUUCUUCUGCUUCUUGUUUUUUUCCCCUGCCACAGCCGUUAAAGCUUAGAUUGGAAACCCUCGCGCAAGUUUGCGCUGCUUUCAGUAAUAUCUCUGCUUCCUAAUCAGUAACCCCCUUCAUUUUUUUCCACCAUUUCUUUAUUUCCAUUUCAUUACCACAUAUAAUCAACUUCACCAUAACAAUCUCAACUUUCUAGUCCUCUAGCUUGGUUUGUGCCUUUUGACUUUGUAAUCUGUCUCCCUCUCCGUUUGUUUAUUUACUUUGUCCUAUUGUUUUUAGUUCCCUAUUAAUUUAAUAAUACAUAAAAAAAAAUCUGUUAAUAUCUGGGGUUGUCAACAAAUUGAAUACCAGCUUGUGCUUUGCUAGAUUUCUGCUGUGUUUGAUUCUCUUUAUUUGAUUUAAUACUCCAUGUUUGCAUAUUCCACAAGGGUAUACCAGAUUUGCCUUCUGCUUAUCGAUUUCACAUCUGGGUCUCUCUCUCUUUCUCCAUUGAAGCUGGUAUAAUCUCAAAGGUUCUAUCUUUUCCCAUUCUUUGCUCAGUUAUCUUUCAUGGGUUCUUUAUUUCAGUUAGAUUUGAGGUUUACAACUUAAAAUUUCUUGUAUUGUUUUCGAGAAGUCCAGAUUUCUCUUCCUUUUCAAUUCUUAUCAUCGUUUUUCAGAUCUUUAUUACACUUCUGGUUGAUUAGCUGAAGGUCUUCAAUUUAUUUUUGUUGUAUUUUCUGUGUUUGGGUUUUUGGUUCUGUUGUUUGAUUAAUAGUGUUUCCUUUACCGGUUUGCCUUAAUAAGAACCUUAACAGUCCAGUAAAGUUCAGAAAGGAUCCAUAUCUUUUUUCCUUAACAAAUUUCCUGAUUUUGUCAUAAUGGGUGAUAGAGGAUCAAAAUUUCUCAUCUGGGUUUUACUAAUCUUGAGCUUGGCAUGUUUAAUUAGUGGAUUUGCUCCAAUAGAUAAUUACCUUAUCGACUGUGGAUCAAGCAGUGAUACUGUGGUAGCAAACCGUGUUUUCUUGGCUGAUAACUCAACCACAAACUCUGUUUCAACACCCAAAACCAUUUUUGUCCAAUCUUCAAGAGUGGAUAGCACACUCUCUUUCUCUGAUGAUUCGCAGCUGUAUCGAACAGCAAGAAUCCUUGAUGGAAACUCUAAGUACUCAUUUUCAAUUCGCCAAACUGGGAGGCAUUGGAUUCGCCUUUAUUUUUAUCCGUUUGCUCAGGAUAGUUACGAUAUGAGCAGGGCAAGAUUUGAUGUUUCCACCCAAGAACAUACCCUUUUGAGCAAUUUCAGUGUGAACACUGAUGUUGUCAAGGAAUUCUCCAUUAAUGUAACAUCCAAGAGCCUUGAAAUUACUUUCACCCCUUCUGAAAAUUCCUUUGCCUUCUUGAAUGCUCUAGAAGUUGUUUCUGUUCCUGAUGCACUCAUCACAGAGGAUGCCAGCACCUUUAAUCCAGUGGGGAAUUUUCAGGGCAUGAUGUGGCAGGCACUGGAGACUGCUUAUAGAGUGAACAUGGGUGGAUCCUUAAUUACCCCUAGGAAUGAUACUCUUGGGCGAACUUGGGUUUCAGACCAAGGAUUUCUCAUCAACCAGAAUCUUGCCAUAACUGUAUCAAAGAUCAGUGCUGUCAAUUAUGUAUCUGGUGGGGCAACACCAGAUAUUGCUCCUAAUGCUGUCUAUGGUACUGCCACUGCGAUGAACUCAUCAAAUGACCCCAACAGUAAUUUUAACGUGACCUGGCAGUUCAAUGUUGAUCCAGGGUUUCAGUACCUUCUCCGUUUUCAUUUCUGUGAUAUAAUAAGUGAUGCUCUCAAUGAGCUCUACUUCAAUGUUUAUAUUGACUCCUGGUCUGUUGUUAAGGAUCUUGAUCCUAGCAUUCAAUUAUCAAACACUUUGGCGGGAGCACUUUAUAUGGAUUUUGUAACAGCAUUAACUGUUAGCAAGAAACUUCGUGUCAGUAUUGGUCCAAGUUCCCUCCCUAACGUUUACCCCAAUGCUAUUCUGAAUGGGCUGGAGAUAAUGAAAAUGAACAAUUCUUUGGGCAGCCUCAGUGGGUUAGUGCCUUCCAGUUCUGUUUCAAGUUCUAAGAAGAAUGUUGGCGUAAUAGUAGGCGUGACAGUUGGGGCAGCCAUUGCUGUGGUUUUGGCUGGAAUUAUCUUUAUAUUGUGCAGAAAACGGGAAAAGUUGGCACGUCAAGGGCAUUCAAAGACAUGGAUUCCUCUAUCUAUUAGUGGAGGACAUUCUCACACUGUGGGGAGCAAGUAUUCUAAUGGAACAACUGUUAGUGUUAAUUCUAAUUUGGGAUAUCGCAUUCCUUUUGUGGCAGUUCAAGAUGCUACAAACAACUUUGAUGAGAGUUGGGUUAUUGGUAUUGGUGGUUUUGGUAAGGUGUACAAGGGAGUUUUGAAUGGUGGUACAAAAGUAGCUGUCAAAAGGGGAAAUCCGCGCUCACAACAAGGUCUUGCAGAGUUCCAGACCGAAAUUGAGAUGCUAUCCCAGUUCCGACACCGCCAUCUGGUUUCAUUAAUUGGUUACUGUGAUGAAAAAAAUGAAAUGAUCUUAAUUUAUGAAUACAUGGAGAAUGGGACUCUAAAGGGUCAUCUCUAUGGCUCAGGUAAUCCCAGCUUGAGUUGGAAACAAAGGCUUGAGAUAUGUGUUGGAGCUGCUAGAGGACUUCAUUACCUUCAUACUGGCGAUGCUAAAGCAGUCAUUCAUCGUGAUGUGAAGUCUGCAAAUAUUUUGCUUGAUGAGAAUCUCAUGGCCAAAGUUGCUGAUUUUGGGCUUUCAAAGGCAGGACCUGAAAUUGAUCAAACCCAUGUGAGUACAGCAGUGAAGGGGAGUUUUGGAUACCUUGAUCCUGAAUAUUUCAGAAGACAACAAUUGACAGAGAAAUCAGAUGUGUAUUCAUUUGGAGUUGUUUUGUUUGAGGUUCUUUGUGCAAGACCAGUUAUAGAUCCUACCCUUCCGAGGGAAAUGGUGAACUUAGCAGAAUGGGCAAUGAAAUGGCAAAAGAAAGGUCAGUUAGAUCAAAUAAUAGAUCCUACACUUGUAGGAAAAAUAAGACCAGAUUCACUAAGGAAGUUUGGAGAAACUGCAGAGAAAUGCUUAGCGGACCUUGGCGUUGACAGGCCUUCUAUGGGAGAUGUCUUAUGGAAUCUAGAGUAUGCUCUUCAACUUCAAGAAGUAGUUGUUCCAGGUGGUCCUGAAGAAAACAGUACUAAUAUGAUCGGUGAGCUCUCUCCACAAAUCAACAAUUUCAGUCAAUUAGAUGACAGUGUUUCUACUGCUCAAUUCGAAGCAUCAAGUGUGGAUGAUCUAUCUGGGGUUUCAAUGAGUAAAGUAUUCUCGCAGCUGUUAAAGUCCGAGGGGAGAUAACUUGUUGGAGGGGAUUUGACGUUCAAUUCUUUGUUUUGUUCGCUCACCAUCUGAAUAUUGUCUCUAGUAAAAUCAAGCGAGCGACUUUCGCGAUCAUGGCCAUGACUUGUCUAGUUAGCGAUCGGAGAAAACAAAGAGGAGGUCUAAACAACAAAUUGAUUCGGGAAUUUGAUUUUCACUCUUUUUGUACAGGAGGGAUUAUGUUUCAAGUGAUUUUAAAGGAAGUUUAGAGUAUAUUGCUUUAUGUAGCUUGUUUUGUGUCUAUUUAAUAUUUACACCUAUAUGAAGCAGCAGCUGUUAUACCGUUUUUUGUUUGCUGGUAGGUCAAAUAUUUUUGUCUGAUUUGUUAUUAUCCUUUGAACCAUUCUUGCUUGCUGUAUCUUUUUAUGUUCAUGGUAUUGAUUGUCUGUAUCUUUUUAUGUUCA